UACGUUUGUGCCUUGAUAGUUGAUUUAAAAAUUCAUUUAAUUUAGAAUGAAACUCGCCUGCCUAGCUCUUUGAUCUUUCAGAAAAUAUUCAUUCGUGAUAAUAGAUUCACGCUCGCGGCUCGCGUGCCGUUCUGUAGUGUUCUAACCUACUCGUUUUGUUAUUAGUUUCGUCACUUCACGAUAGUUCAAUAAUUGUACGAAACUUUUCAAAUUUUGAAUGAAAUAUGCACUAAAUCCUUUUAAAACCCCUAAUAAAGUAAUAUAUACAUUACCGGCUUCGUAUUAGACGUAUAAAAGUAGUGAAGAUGCAACAACUUAUGUGAUUUCAUAAUUUUUGCCGAGGGAUUGGAAAACCGAAGAAACCGAAACCUAGAAAUAUCACAAAAAUGAGGGAAACAAUACCAAUGGAAGAUAAUGAGUUGCUGGAAGCAAAUAGGACAAGCAAUGGAGUAAAAGCUGAGAUUAAUGGCAAGGCCACUAGCAGCUAUUCACAUGAGCCUCCAGAUGGUGGUAUCAGAGCUUAUUCAAUAAUUAUUGGGUCGUUUUUGACGAAUGGCUUAUUGUUUGGAGUGAUCAACUCAUACAGUGUUAUAGGUGAUGAGCUUUCCAAGAGACUGCUAGUUCAGAAUGUGACCAACUAUGACACCAGAUCAGCUCUGGUUGGAUCCUUGACUAUGGGAACGACAUUCCUGCUGUCGCCGCUUUCUGGAGUGCUAACGGCGAUCAUAGGCCUCAGAAUGACCGCGGUCCUGGGAGGCAGCGUGGCAGCCGCCAGCUUACUAAUUUCGUCUUUCGUAGUCAAUUAUGUCGAUGCUCUGUGUUUGACCUACGGUUUCCUCUACGGACUGGGCGCCUCUCUUGCCUACACGCCCUCCUUGGCCAUUCUAGGGCACUAUUUCAAACGGCGUUUAGGUCUCGUGAACGGUAUCGUCACCAUAGGUAGCUCCGUCUUCACCGUCAUCAUCCCUCCUCUGAUGGACUUCGCGGUGAGAAACUACGGCCUGGAAGGUCUGUUCAGGGUGCUGGCCGUCAUCACCUUCGGUAUCGCCCUCUGCGGCCUCCUGUAUAAACCCAUCCCGGUUGUCGUCAUAGAUAAAUCGACGGACACGAAAGAUUUGAAAUCGCUCGUGAAAAAGGUUUUCGAUAUUCACAUCUGGAAGGUCAAAAAGUACAGAUACUGGGCUCUGUCGAUGCCCGUCGCGUUGUUCGGCUACUUCGUUCCGUACGUCAAGUUGAAACAAUUCAUGAACUUGAACUUCCCCGGUAAGAACGACAAUAUAGCGAUUCAGUGUAUCGGCGCCGCGUCCGGGGUGGGUAGGCUGGUGUUCGGCUUCCUGGGGGACCGGAACGGCAUCGACAGAGUGAUGUUGCAGCAGAUCUCCUUCUACUGCAUCGGCUGCUUCACUAUCCUGCUGCCGUUCGUCAGCAACUUCGCACUCCUGAUCGUUAUCAGUUUGUGCAUGGGAUUGUUCGACGGUGCUUUUAUAUCCCUGAUUGGCCCGAUCGCCAUUCAGUUCUGUGGCAGCGCUUACGCCGCUCAGGCUAUAGGCGGUAUGCUCGGCCUGGCCGCCGUCCCGCUGUCCAUAGGUCCCCCCAUCGCGGCCCAAAUCUUUACCAUGACACAUGACUUCACUUUACCUUUCGUCCUUGCGGGUAUUUCGCCUAUAGUCGGUGCUAGCUUGAUGUUCGCUAUUAGGUUCCAGAAGAAACGGUAGAAGCCUCCUAAGAAAAAAAUUAUGACAGGAACUCGAAUACCAAUUUAAUGACAAUAUGCGGAAGUGCAAAAAGAAAUACAAGAAAUAUUCUUAACCAGACAACACGGACGCCUCAACUGAAAAAAUUAAGUAUAUCGCAGAAUCUCCUAUUAACAUUUAAGUUAUUUGUUAUUCUAUUUUAUCAGAUAUCAUAUUAUAUAUCCUAUAAUAUAAAAGUUAUCAGUGGCAUGAAUAUGUUCUUAUCUGUGAGUGACUUCAGGCGAAAUCUUAAUCAAUCAAACUGUUUAGACGAAAUCUGACCCAGAUGAAAUCAAUAUAGCAUAAAACAUACUUGAUGUAAUAGUGAUAUCUAAUUGGCUAAUUUUAAUAAUACAUAUACUUAAUAUUUUAUCUUUUACCGCACGUCAUACUGUUAUGUAAAUUUAUAUAGAAUGUAUAUGUAUUUUGUUAUCGACGCCCCAGUAUAAUUAUUGUGUAUCGUUGGCAUAUAUCACAUGUGGCUAUGUGGUGCACUGGGUACAUAGUGAACAAUAUAUCGAGGUUAAACAGUAAACUUAUCAAACAUUCUGCUUGCUAUAUUAUUAUAUAUGAUUUUCCUCCAUUAUAAAUAUACCGUUAGUAUGUCAAGCGUAACCGAGUUUUGAUUUCGGGGAGGGAUUAAAACUGUAUUUAAUCCCUCGAUCGCAGAUUAUUGGAAAUCUAUUGUUAUUCUAUUGUUGUCGCGGUCGCGGGUGUCCUUGUG